AUGCUGCUCGAACAUCCUGGAUCGAGUUGUCAAAAUCCAGGAAAUUUCUCCAGAUACAGUUCGGGCCAAGAUAUCCCGGUGUGUGCAGGUUGCAGUCAGCACAUCGUCGACCGCUUCAUCCUGAAAGUGUUGGACCGUCACUGGCACAGCAAGUGUCUGAAAUGCAGUGACUGUCAGUCCCAGCUGGCAGAGAAGUGCUUCACCCGCGGAGACGGUGUCUACUGCAAGGAGGACUUCUUCAAGAGGUUCGGGACGAAGUGUGCGGCGUGUCAGCAGGGCAUCCCGCCGAGUCAGGUGGUGCGGAGAGCGCAGGAUUUCGUCUAUCACCUUCACUGCUUCGCGUGCAUCGUGUGUAAGAGGCAGCUAGCCACAGGGGACGAGUACUACCUGAUGGAGGACAGUCGACUGGUGUGUAAAGUCGACUACGAGACGGCCAAGCAGAGAGAGGCCGACUCGACAGCAAAAAGGCCGCGCACAACCAUCACAGCCAAGCAGCUAGAGACACUGAAGAACGCCUAUAACAACUCGCCCAAGCCGGCACGCCACGUCCGUGAGCAGCUGUCCUCAGAAACCGGCCUUGACAUGCGAGUGGUGCAGGUGUGGUUUCAAAACAGAAGAGCAAAAGAGAAGAGGCUAAAGAAGGAUGCUGGAAGACAGAGAUGGGGACAAUACUUUCGUAAUAUGAAGAGAUCCAGAGGAAACUCCAAAUCGGAUAAGGACAGCAUCCAGGAGGAGGGCAUGGACAGUGACGCUGAGGUCUCCUUCACAGAUGAGCCUCCCAUGUCGGAGCUGAGUCACUCGAACAGCCUGUACAGCAGUCUGAGUGAGAGUUCUCCAGCUCUGGGCCGACAGGGAGGAGCUCAUUCUGCCUUCACCCUGGAUCAUGGAUCCGUCCUGCCGUCUCAGGAUCAAUACCACGACAUUCGUCCCAGCAGUCCAUACAGCCUCGCACAGUCACCUGCUUCGCUUCAGCCUCUGCCCAGGCAGCAGCCCCUCAUCUCCAGCCUGGUAUACCCUGAUUCCGGCUUGCCCAUGGUGGGCCAGGGUGGGCACGGCAUGGUCCCAGCCGGGCCGAACGGCCCCAACUCGGACCUGUCGACCGGAAGCAGCGGCGGGUAUCCGGAAUUCCCAGCUAGCCCCGCCUCCUGGCUGGAUGAAGUUGAGCACAGCCAGUUCUGA